GGCGUGAGUUGUUUGAGGAAGACGUGAAAAUGUGUCCACUACUGUCGUUUGACGGUAAUGUAGGUGGCACAUAGCUUCACUAGUAACUGUUUGUAUUAAUUUUGACGACUGAAUACAUUUUGUUUAUUGAAUGUUUUUGUUUUGACUCGCAUGAAAUGUUUCUGAGCCAACCCAGCAGAGGUUUUGAGACUUAGCAGGCGAGAGUUUUGGAUAACAGGGAAGUGAGCUAACUAAUCAUCAGCAUGCUGCUCGAGCUGUUUUUUCUCAUUUUGGCAUCAAGUUGCAUCGGGGAGUCAAAGAGAAGAAAUGUUCUUUUAAUAAUUGCUGAUGAUGCAGGUUUUGAGACUGAGGUGUAUAACAACUCUGUGGUCCACACCCCCCACCUGCGCGCUCUGGCCCAGCGUAGCCUGGUGUUCAGCAAUGCCUUCACCUCUGUCAGCAGCUGCUCCCCCAGCCGCUCCACCAUCCUCACCGGCCUGCCGCAGCACCAGAACGGCAUGUACGGGCUUCAUCAGGGUGUUCACCACUUCAACUCGUUUGACGGAGUACAAAGUCUGUCGCUGCUCCUCAGUCAAGCCAACGUACACACAGGUAUAAUUGGGAAGAAACAUGUCGGUCCUGGAUCUGUAUACCCCUUUGAUUUUGCCUACACAGAGGAGAACAGCUCUGUCCUCCAGGUGGGGAGGAACAUCACCCGCAUCAAACUCCUGGUCCGCAAGUUUUUCCAGACCCACAAAGAGGAAGCCUUUGAGCGAAGGCGAAAGGAAGAGGAGAAUAAAGACAAUAUAAAAGACGAAGAGAGGCCAUUUUUCCUGUAUGUUGCCUUUCACGACACCCACCGAUGUGGACACUCGCAGCCCCAGUAUGGAGCCUUCUGUGAGAAGUUUGGGAAUGGUGAAACGGGGAUGGGUAGAAUACCUGACUGGACACCAGAAUAUUACUCACCAGAACAAGUAAAGGUUCCUCCUUUUGUGCCGGACACACCUGCAGCACGAGCCGACUUGGCUGCACAGUACACCACGGUUAGCAGGCUGGACCAAGGUAUCGGUUUGGUCCUUCAGGAGCUCAGGGACGCUGGUUAUGAGAACGACACUCUGGUCAUCUACAGCUCAGACAACGGCAUCCCAUUCCCGAACGGCAGAACCAACCUGUAUCGCUCCGGGACAGCAGAGCCCAUGCUGGUGUCCUCUCCAGAGCACAGGGAGCGAUGGGGAGACACCAGCCAGGCCUACGUCAGCCUGCUGGCAGACAUCACUCCCACCAUCCUAGACUGGUUCACUGUUCCCUACCCGUCCUACAGCCUGCCCGGCAGCCCCACCACCCCAGUCCACCUCACCGGGCGCUCCUUACUUCCUGCUCUGGUCACUGAGCCCAGCAGCUGGCACACCGUCUACGCCAGCCAGUCCCUCCACGAGGUAACCAUGUAUUACCCAACUCGCUCUGUCCACCAGGGGGCAUACCACCUUCUCCACAACCUACACUACCGCAUGCCCUUCCCCAUCGACCAGGACCUGUAUGUGUCACCCACCUUCCAGGACCUGCUGAACCGCAGCAGGCUGAGUGAACCCACUCACUGGUUCAAAAGCUUGCAGCAGUAUUACUACAGAGAGCGCUGGGAGCUGUUCGACUCCAGGACAGACCCACUGGAAACGAGGAACCUGGCAUCAGACCCGUCCUACAGUGCUGUGCUUGAGAGUCUGAGGCAGAGUCUGCAGAAGUGGCAGUGGGAGACGGGGGACCCCUGGGUCUGUGGACCUGACUAUGUCCUGGAGGACAAACUAGAGCCGCACUGCAGACCACUUUACAAUGGACUCUGAUGAACUCUAAUGGUAGUACUUUAACUCAUCUUGAUUGACAUGAUGUCCGCAUACAUGAACACAUUCUUCUUAUGAAAUAAAUGACAUUAUUUGUAUUUAUAUUUUUGUAUGUCACUGCUGCUUUUAAUGCUCAAAAAUAAACAAAACUUGAAUUGUCUUAAUUCCUAACAUUGUUUUCAAUAUAGUAUCAUUCUUCAGGUUACCAGAUAAUUUCAUCAUUCCAGUUAGUGGUCCUUCUUAUGUUUCUAUACAUUUAAAAGGUACAUUUUCCCGUCAUCCAGAUCCCCUCAUAACCCUGUUUCAGAGAAAGGCAACAUGGUUACACACUAUUUAACUGUUUUUGUUAGUAUUUAUUUGAACAAAAGUAAAUGUAUCCGUCUUUGUUUUAAUCUCCAUCACUGUUGUUUUCCCACUGAUCAGCUGAUUACACAGGCGGUGGAGUUCAUGAUGCAUGACUGGUGAGGUCAGCAAAUCAAUCAGCAAAAAGGUUUUAUUGAUUCCUCAGAGCUCCACCUUGAAGUGAGACUGAUUCACAAUCAGUCCAUGUAGAAAGCUGCUGCAACAAUAAAGAUCAGUCGAUUAUUCACUCAUG